CUGAGCUCGUAAAGGUUCAUUCUCAAUAGGUUGAGCAUGAGAAGUCCCCCCCCCCCAUUUGUGGCGGUUCUUACUUUAAUAUAAUAAGGGCAAUUAUAUUUGCAAUUGCCACGAUUAAUGUCCCAAAGCUAUUUUCGAGGGCAAAGUUUUUAAUAAAAUUGGUAGUGAUUUCUUUGGUGGCGUGGGUAGUAACGUUGGCAAAGGAGCAAACACUUUCAAAAGUUUGAAGUCAAUA